AAAAACAGACAGAGAAAAACGGGUGGUUGGUUUUAUCCUUUAUUAUUAUUAUUAUGAACACCCCUUCCCUCUGAAGCAAAAGGAGGGGCCGUGUAAGAAAAAGAAGAAGAAGAAGAAGAAGAAGAAGAAGAAGAGAAGAGGGUUUGUGAGCUCUUAUCACAACUACAAGUGAGAGAGAUAUAGAAAGAGCUAGUUCAUUUGAAGAAGAAGCGGGGAAGUCCCCUGUAUUUUGGGAAUCGCCUCAAUCUCCCUUUUUUCUCCUCAUUUCCCUCUUUUUUUCGCCGUAAAAACUGGAUCUUGAUGUAAGAAAUAUGUUGUUUUUGUUCCUUUUGCAGUUGUAAAUCUGAAGGUGGGGUUUUUCUUGUUCAUUUUCUAUAUUUUUCUCUAUUUUCGUGGGAUUUAGAUGGAUCGGGAAGCGAAGAAUCCACCGAGGGCGCCGCGAGGAGGAGGAGGAGGCGUAGGAGGAGGAGGAGGAGGAGGGGCUGCGCCGGAGCCGAGCUUCCCCCUGCAGUGGGGGAGCCGCAAGAGGCUCCGGUGCUUGAAAGUGCGCGAGGAGGGCGGAGGAUCCCCUGCCAAAUCCGAUAGCAAUCCUCGGCGGUCCCUUUCCCGCAUCAAUCGCCGCAUCAUCGCCGGAGGCGUCGGAGGAGGAGGAGGAGGAGGAGGAGGAGACAACCACUUCCCUUCCCCACCCCCCCAUCAUCACCCUGCCCCUCUUUGCCUCAGGAAGGCGGAUUCGGCGGGCUGCGAGAACGGGGGGAAGUCGCAAUCGAUGUCGUCGUCGCCGGAGAAGGAGGACCGGUUUUAUUCGACGAGGGGCUCGGCUGCAACGGUCUUCGAAGAGAACGGGGUGAUCGGGAACGGGGAGGAGAGGGGUGCAGCGGUUUUACCACGGUUCUUCAUCUCCUUGUCGAACAAGGAGAAGGAGGAAGAUUUUCUUCAAAUGAAGGGGUGUAAGCUCCCGCAGAGACCCAAGAAGAGGUCCAAGUUGAUACAGAAGUGCUUGCUCUUGGUGAGUCCUGGCGCAUGGCUAUCGGAAAUCUCGCAGGAGAGGUACGAAGUUAGGGAGAAGAAGGGCUCGAGAAAGCGAAGGAGAGGAUUGAAGGCGAUGUCUAUGGAGAGUGAUUCAGAAUGAUUCGGAGUGGUAGAGGAGAGUUUUGGUAUCGAAAUAGAUCUUGUGGGGUAUUGCGAGCAACAGGAAACUUUCAAAGCUAUUCCUAAUUUUUCAGUAAGUAUAUUUGAUGAAGAAUUAAUUACUGCUCCCAAAUUGUUUUCUUGAAAUCUUCCUUGCAUUUGAUAACUUGAAGAGUUUCUUGUGCUACAUAUUCGAGUUUCUUGUACUACUAAUAUGUAGCCUUUAAAUUAUGUCAGAAGGCUCCAUUUUUCCAACAGUGGAAAUCUUCAUAGUUAAUAGCGAUGUGUUUGUUAUAAUUUACUUCCUUAUUCAAGUCCUUUGUUCUAUACCUAAAUAUAAUCAUCAAAUUUAGUCUUGCAUUUACUUUGGAUACGUAUUUUUUUUUUCCUACUGUCCUUGACUAUCUAGUUUACAUUUUACAUUAUAAUCAUAUUUAUGAUGCAUACAUACUUCAAUACAUUUGACACGUCUGUAUUGGAGAUUGUAUGGGAUAUAAUACUCUGUUGAAAGCUUAACAUUACUUGUUAGUCACUUUUUUUGUUUUUGAUUUUUUUUUUCUUAUAUAAGGGUGAAAAUUCGAAUGUGGCUUGGAUAAUUUUUGAGUACUCUGAUACUUUUGAGAGAAGAUAUUAAAUUAUUAAUAAUGACAAGAAUCCUCGGAAGAUAAUGCAAAUUGAAGACAUUAUAUGAAUGUAUUUAAUUUGUACAAUCAUGGGUUGCGGUAUUAAUUUCCUUACUAUAUAUACAAGCAGACAGAAUUAAACUUUUUGUAGUAUGUGCAUAUAUAUGCGUGCGCCUGUAUAUGUGCGUGCUUGCCUGUGCAUGCCCAUUGUCGUAUCCUUAGCUUAUAAUGUAUGUCGUGGCAGUGUAUCCACAGUGUCAUGCCCGAAUCCAUGCAACAUAGACUGAUAUGAUAUCAUUGUUAUCCCAACUGUAUAGUGACUCUUAGCUGUUACGCUGUGAAAUCAUUAUGAUUGAAUCACUGUGAAAUUGUUACUUAUUUAAUUGUUGCCUUUCAUUAUUUGGCAAAUUUGUGACGGCUGAAGGUUUUGUCCUUCAUUGGUCUCAAAGUUGGGCUGUGAGACUGGGGCUCUAAUUUAUUGCAUCAGUUCAAGAUAAGAGAAGCCUAUGCUACGGUGAUCAUCUAGUUCCAUCAAACUUUCCUUUUCAAAAUUACAGGCUUAAAUUAUUCUGUUGGAAGUUUAAUCUGAAUUUGUUUUGUUUCUCUAGUCAUGUGCAACAACGAGGGGAAACAAAUUCCUUUUGGGGUUGUAGAAAUUUUGACCUAAAUAUCAUGUUGUGUUUCGCACUGAAUUGCUGAUUUCUCCUGUUGAAUCACCGGAAAUAUUUGCAGAACAGUAAACUUGGUUCCUAUCUUUAUGCGAUGUCAAGAUUUGUAUGUUUGUAAUCCACAAAGUGAGGCUGGAAAUUUUGAGGGUUUAUGGGUUUGAAGUAUAUUUGAUUAGAGUUUGGAAGUUUGGCCUUGCAGAGGCAGAGAGUGUAUGUUUGGAUUC